UGGUUCACGACAAUUAGCUAGCAAGCUAACAAGCCAGGGUAUUCUUUAUUGAAGGGGGUGUUGUCCAGUUUUUUCUGUUCAUCAGUGGUGUACUAUUCGCUGGUCCAGUCCUGUAAUUGGGAGUUCCUUGAGGAGUUUUGACAGGGGAGCCAGGAUGAUGCGGUACUGGGGCGAGAUCCCAGUCCAGGCAGCUCCGCCCAGCCGCAGCUCCUUCGACCUCCUGCAGCGGGAGUUCCGCCAGGUGGAGAUGCAGGACCCCCCGUUGCACCAGCCGUCCGCCCACCGCCCGCGCCCCACCACCAUGCUGGACAUCCCCUCAGAGCCCUGCAGCCUUACCAUACACACGGUCCAGCUCUGCCAGCAUGCCCGCCGCCUCCGGGGGCUUCUGGCUGCUGCCCAGGGCCAGCCACCCGCAGAGGGUGCCGGUAGGCUGGAAGAGGGUGACAUCCUGCCGCCGAGGCCGCCCACGCCUGCUGUCCCUGAUGACCUGCUGCCCCUGGACAGCAAGGCCCCUCACCAGCCAUUCCAGCUGAGGCACAGUGACCCAGAGAGUGACUUCUACAAGGGUAAAGGGGAGCCGGUGACAGAGCUGAGCUGGCCUUCCUGCAGGCAGCUGCUUUACCAGUCAGUGGCCACAGUGCUGGCUCACGCCGGCUUUGAGUCAGCCCAGGAGAGCGUGCUGGAGACCCUGACGGACCUGGUCCAUGAGCACUACCUGCGCCUGAGCCGCCUGCUGCGGGUGGCCGUGGACCGCGAGGCCCGGCUCGGCGCCACCCCCUUCCCCGACGUGGUGGAGCAGGUCUUCCACGAGGUGGGGAUCGGCAGCGUACUGGCCCUGCAGCGCUUCUGGCAGAUCCGCAUCAAGGACUACCACAGCUACAUGCUUCAGGUAAGUCGGGAGCUGUCAGAGGAAUAUGAGAGGCUGGUAAACCCAGAGAAGGCCGUGGAAGAUUCAAAGCCACUGAAGAUCAAAGAGGAGCCGAUGAGUGACAUUGCCUUCCCUGUCAGCGAGGAGCCUGAGGCUGACCUAGCGUCUGGGGACCAGGCACUGCCGAUUGGGGUGCUCGGGGCCCCCAGUGAGCGGCUGGCUGGAGGACUGGAGGGAGAGAACUCCCCACACACCUCAGGAGCUGCGGGAAACGGCUCCCCCUUGUGGCACCUGACGCAGGUGAAGAUGGAGCCGCAGGACGGCGAGGAGGGGCAGGUCUCGGGGCAUGGCGUCCUGGGGGGCGACGUGUUCGAGGAGGGGCCCAUGUCCACCAUGAGCGAGGCGGGCAUCCCCCCUUCCCCCAGCGGCGCAGCCUCAGAUGGCAGCUACGCCUCCCACUCCCCUGACUCCCUCAUGGGCACCUCGCCCGUCUUCAACCAGCGGCCCAGAAAGCGCAUGAAGAAGGUGUGAGGGACUGUGUGCCGGCCUCUCUGUACACAAGGCCACAGCGUUGUGUUCGAUAGUCACAUGAGACAUUGGGAGUUUAGAGGCGGAGAAAACCGACCCCUGUUUGUAUUGCCAGAUCCUGUUCCAUAAUAAGACAAGUGUUUGUGGAUGAGUUGGGAAAUAUUUGAAUAUGCGAUGUCACAACUGCACCAAAUUUUUUGAU